AUGGCCAAGUCUCUCUUUAUUUGCUCUAUCCUUCUCCUUCUUAAUUCUUUCCUUUCUUUCCGAUCUUCUGCAACAAACCUAGCAUAUUCCACGCCCUUUGAUCGUUGGUUUUUCAAGGUCUUUGGGGACGAAAACAUAAAAUCUGUACACAAUGGCACAGUGGCGAAGAUCAGUCUGGAUCAGAAAACUGGUUCUGAGUUUGUCUCUUCAGAUAUUUUCCUCCAUGGAUACUUCAGUGCCUCCAUUAAACUACCAAGAAACCAGGACACUGCAGGAGUUGUGGUUGCGUUUUUUACCAUGAAUCAAGACAUAUACAGCAGGAACCAGGACGAAGCGACCUUCGAGUUCCUGGGAAACGUCAAAGGCAAAGAGUGGGUGGUUCAGACCAAUAUUCAUGGCAAUACAACCAUCAGAAACAGCACCAGUAAAGGAAGAGAAGAGCGCUACACCCUCUGGUUCGACCCAUCCGCAGAUUUUCACAAGUACAGUAUCCUCUGGACUGAAAACCAUAUCAUAUUUUACGUUGAUGAUGUCCCCAUAAGGUUGUUCAUGAGGACAAAAGCCAUAGGAAACUACUUCAUCACUAGUCCAAUGUAUGUGUAUGGCUCAAUACGGGACGGGUCAGACUGGGCCACUGAUGGAGGAAAACAGAAAGUGGAUUACAAGUAUGCUCCAUUCACUGCUGCAUUUUCUGAGUUAAUUUUACUGGGAUGUCCAGCUGACCCAAUUGAUCUCAAACCCUAUUGCAUUGACGAGGACCCAUGGGAGAAGAAGGUUCCUACUGGUUUGACAAGAAAGGAAAUCACCCAGAUGAGGAGGUUCAGGCACAAGUUCAUGACAUAUUCUUAUUGCUUUGAUAAGGAAAGGUACCCAGUUACUCCACCAGAGUGUUUUGUUGAUGGCCGUGAAAUGGAGCCGCCUCAAAAUUUCGACCCUGUUGUGUUUGGUGGAGACCCAGUUGAGAAGUGA